UUUCUUAAAAGAAUAUUUUUUUUUGAAAAGGUUUUCAUGAUGAACAUGUCAUGUAUGCAUUUGCAUUUUCUCUUGGUACUCGUACUGGGUAAUCUCUUUGCUUCAAGUGUCCUUACGAUAAAUGCGCUUGAUGUUGGAAUAGCUGGUUGUCGUCCUAACCAGAUCCGAGCGCUUGUGCAGUUCAAGAACGAGUUUGAAUCCGGCGGUUGCAACAGCAGCGACUACUUUCAAGGUGUCAUGUGCGAUAACACGACUGGUGUGGUCACAAAGCUAGAACUCGCAAGUGGCUGCUUCACUGGAAUUCUCAAACCCAACAGUAGCCUCUUCGAGUUGCAUCAUCUUCAAUACCUCGAUCUCUCUAACAACAACUUCACUCCCUCUUCACUCCCUUCUAAAUUCAGCAAUCUCAACAAAUUAGAGGUUCUAUUUCUUUCCUCUAAUGGCUUCACUGGUCAAGUACCUUUCUCAUUUAGUAACUUAAGCCAGCUUUCCUAUCUAGACAUUUCCCAAAACGAACUUACGGGUAGUUUACAACUUAUAAGGAAUCUUAGUAAACUCUCCUUUUUAGACCUUUCCUUUAACCAAUUUUCUGGAACUCUAAAUCCUAGCAGUAGCCUAUUCGAGUUGCAUCACCUUUUUUACCUUCAUCUCUCUCACAACAACUUAGGUUCCUCCUCACUUCCUUCUGAAUUUGGAAAUUUCAACAGGCUAGAGAUGUUGUCUCUUUCUUCCAAUGGCUUCCACGGUCAAGUUCCAUCCUCAUUUAGUAACCUAAGUCGGCUAACCGUGUUGAACCUUGGCAAUAACAGCCUCACUGGUAGUGUUCAUUUUGUCCAGAAUUACACUACGCUUUGCGAUUUAAAACUCUCCAACAAUUACUUCUCUGGAACCAUCCCUUCUUCUCUGCUCACUAUGCCUUUCUUGGCACAAGUUGAUCUAUCUGGAAACUCUCUCACCGACCCCAUUGAAGUUCCCAAUUCCUCUUCUUCAUCUCAACUCGAGAUUCUUUAUCUUCAGGGUAACCAAUUCCGAGGACAAAUCCUAGAGCCUAUCUCAAAGCUUAUUAACCUCAGGAAACUCGACCUGUCAUACCAAAACAUAAGCUACCCAAUUGACUUACACCUCUUUUCCUCAAUCAAUUCUUUAGCCUACCUUGAUCUUUCCGGUAAUAGUAUAUCACCAACUAGUUCAUACGUCCCGUUGACUUUGGAAGUAUUGGUUUUGAUGGGCUGCGGCAUCAGUCAGUUCCCAAACUUCUUGAAAGGCCUUAAUAGUUUGACACGUGUACACUUUUCCCACAACAGAAUCAAAGGGAAAGUCCCCGAGUGGUUUUGGAACCUUCCUCGUUUGAGCAUAGUGACUCUAUCUAAUAACUCUUUAACCGGGUUUGAAGGUUCGGUGGAAGCUUUAGAGAACUCAUCGGUGAAGAUUUUAGACUUGGCUUUAAACCAUUUCGAAGGACCAUUGCCUAAUCCACCACACUCUCUCAACGGUUUAUCGACAUGGAACAACAGUUUCACAGGGAACAUACCUCUUGCAUUAUGCAACAGAAGCUUUCUUGCUGUUCUUGAUCUCUCCUACAACAACUUCACCGGUUCAAUUCCUGGAUGCCUGAGUAAUUUACAAAACUCUCUCAUUAUCUUGAAUCUCCGGAAGAACAACUUGGAAGGAAGUCUUCCAGACAUGUGCUAUGAUGAUGAUGCCUUGCUUCGGACACUUGAUGUUGGUUACAAUCGACUAACCGGGAAGCUUCCGAGAUCUCUUAUGAAUUGCUCCUCUCUAAAGUUUCUAAGUGUUCACAACAACAGAAUGAAAGACACCUUUCCUUUCUGGCUCAAGGCGCUUCCUUAUUUGCAAGCACUUAUCCUUCGUUCAAACAAAUUCUACGGCACUAUAUCUCCUUCUGAUCAAGGUUCUUUGGCGUUUCCUGAGCUGCGCAUACUUGAAGUAUCAUAUAACAACUUCACAGGAAGCUUGCCCCUAGAUUACUUUGUGAAUUGGAAGGCAUCAUCACUCCAGAUUGAUGAAGAUGCGGGAAUAUAUAUGGGAUACUACGCCCGCAUUUCUCUGUAUUACUAUGAUGAUAACAUAGAUUUGGAGUACAAGGGUCUAUCUAUGGAGCAAGCGAAGAUCCUCAAUUCCUACGCUACCAUUGAUUUUUCAGGGAAUGGACUUGAAGGACAGAUUCCUGAAUCUAUUGGUCUCUUGAGGAAAUUGAUUGCACUCAAUUUAUCCAACAAUGCCUUCACAGGACACAUUCCUCUGUCAUUGUCAAAUGUUUCAGAGCUUGAGUCAUUAGAUCUAUCUGGCAACCAACUCUCAGGGACUAUUCCUAAAGGACUUGGAAGCCUCUCAUUUCUGGAGUACAUAAGUGUGGCUCAUAACCAACUCAAGGGUGAAAUACCACAAGGAACACAGAUCACAGGGCAGCCUAAAUCCUCCUUUGAAGGGAAUGCAGGGCUUUGUGGUCUUCCUCUCGAACAAAGUUGCUUCGGGACUAAUGCACCGCCGAUGCAACAAUCAGAGGAAGAAAAAGAAGAAGAAGAAGAAGAAGAAGAAAACGUGUUGAACUGGGAAGCAACGGCCAUAGGGUAUGGAACCGGACUGUUGCUUGGAUUGGCUAUAGGUCAUGUCAUCGCUUCAUUCAAGCCGGAGUGGCUUGUCAAGAUAAUUGGUAUGUCUAAACGCAGAAACCGUUAGGAUCAUUUUGGGUUUUAUGUUUGAUCUUUGAAUGCAUGUCAAUCCGUUGUUGUUUUAGCAAAUAUGUCAUAGGCACUGCUUCGUACAAGCCAGAGUAUCUUUGUCAAGAUGAUUGUUUCGUAUAAAUUAAGAAACCGUUUGUAUCUUUUGUGGUUUUUUUUGUUUGAUCUCUGAAUGCUUAUCAAUUUGU